AUGCAAUAUUACGUAGGUUACCGUGUAAGAGGGGAAUUCAAGGGCUGUAAACUGAAAACCGGUGUUCAACGAAUGCUGCAACUUCAGGGAUUCAAGAAAAAAAGUGAGCGCAUUCUGCAUCCUAGCAACCCAAGAAAACCACUCACACAUCUCCCUGGCAGCCUUCACCACACCACUCCACUGGGGACUACAGCAACGUGCCUCUGCCACCAUAUCGCACGGCCUAAUCGACACGCACACGGUGUUAUAUCGGAGAAGACGCAUAAGUCGACAAACAGAACCUCAUCGUACGGCCAUUACUGGAUAAAUCACAGAGAGGAAAUAAGAAUGUGA